CAGCUGCAUCACGGAGUUGUGGAGACCCGGAAGUAGUAGCUACUUGGUCUGUUUGUGUGUGUUUGAGUUUUGCGUAAGAGAAUCGACAACACUCGAAUGAGAAGUUGAGCGGCGGUGAUGGAAAAUAAUGGCAUUGUCCUGAAUGCCUACGUGAAGACGAUGCCGAGCUUUAUUUCUUACGACGAGGACAAUGUUAACAAUUUAACAGAGGAGUCCAGCGAAAUUGCGGCACCCAGCACAGAUUUUGUGCUGGCUGAUAUGGAAACCAAAGUGUGUGUUCCAGGCAAUGUUUUGGAAUUGCAUAAGCAUAGACUUGAAAACAAAGAUAGUUUGGACAGAGACAGAAAGACUACUGCGGUGGAUAUUUUGAGAAGAAACUUCGGACGAUCUAGAUCACGUCGAAAUGUUAGUGUUGCAGAGGAUUACGGAGACUCGGAGGAUGUCGUUUUUACAAUUAGCAACAUGCAAAUGGGACGCUCGGGAAAAAAUGAAGAACAAUCGGACCACCAUGAAGUCGUGGAAAUAAAGUUGGAAUAUGAGACGGAAUCGGAAUUUACAGAAGCACAGGAAGUCGAAAGAAGGCCCAGCGAUGUCGGGGAAACUUUUGAAUGUCAAGUUAAUUCUAAUGAAUUUGUCGAUGUUCAUGGUCUGGAACAUCACGUCUACUGCUCCGUUUAUUGUAUCGCCAAUGAGAUUAACACAAAUCCCGAGGACAAUGCUGGUGAAGAGGGAAAUAGGAAUGUAAUUCCUUCGACAUCAUCGAACACCUCACAAGAACUGCAUGCGCUGCCACAACAGAGUGAUUCAGAACAUUCAGGAUAUCCUGAGCCUUUUACACUAUCCGACCUGGUGGAUGCCACAACACUAAACAACGUGGAUUCGAAUUAUUCCGUUGUCUUAACUUGUCGCAUUUGUCUGGAAGACAAUUACACAAACCCGCUACACUGUUGCCAAAAAGCUGUCUGUGGAGAAUGUCUAAAAACAUACGUCAGUUCACAGGUGCGCGUGGGGAGAGCAGCCAUCGCCUGCCCCAUCACGGAGUGCAGUGGCUUCCUGGAGGAGGGCACAGUGCUGGCCCACCUGCCGGCCGAGGACGUGGGCAAGUACAAGUACUUCCUGGAGCUCAGCCGGCUGGACGCCGGCACCAAGCCGUGCCCGCAGUGCAGCCUCUUCACCUCCCUCAAGGGCCGCAGUAGUAACCUCAGCAAACGCAGCGGCGGUGGUGCCGGCGAUGGUGCCGGCGAUGGCAGCAGUGGCGGCGGUGGUGGUGGUGAUGAUGGCGACAGCAGCAAUGGUGGUGGUGGUGGUGGCGUCAGCGGCGAUGGUGGUGGUGGUGACGGUGACGUCAGCAGCAAUGGUGGUGGUAGUAGUGGUGGUGGUGGUGGUGGAGAGGAUCCCUCCACUGCUGUUGCUGCGCCUAACCGCACCGAGCAUAAGUACAAGAUCCAGUGUAGCAAGUGCCAGUUUGUGUGGUGCUUCAAGUGCCAUGCUCCGUGGCACGAGGGCCUGAAGUGCCGCGACUACCGCAAGGGGGACAAGCUGCUGCGGGACUGGGCCAGUGUCAUCGAGCACGGCCAGAGGAACGCCCAGAAGUGCCCCCGUUGCAAGAUCCACAUCCAGAGGACGGAAGGCUGCGACCACAUGACCUGCACGCAGUGCAACACCAACUUCUGCUACCGCUGCGGCGAGCGCUACCGCCACAUGCGCUUCUUCGGCGACCACAUGUCCAACCUGAGCGUGUUCGGCUGCAAGUACCGCUACCUGCCCAACAAGCCCCACCUCAGGCGCCUCGUCAGGGGCUCCGUAUGCGUGACCAAACUGCUGUUAUGUCCACUAGUGAUUGUCCUCACAGUGGUGGUUGGAGCUGUGGUGAUUGUUGCCGCUCUACUGGUCUUCCCCUUCUACUUCUGCAAGCAGCGCAGGAAGAGGCCCCAGGGGACGGAGUACUGGUUUUCCUGAAGAGCCCUCACCUCCACCUCUCGUCUUAGAUAAACUGAAAGAGACCGCGGGCUCUUUUUUUGGUCCAAUUCCCAGUGAUUUAUUAAAACAACGUUCCGGUCUGAGGCCUUUUUCAAAAGAAACCGUUGUUUUAAUGAAUGACCGGGUCGGAAAACGAGUGAGUUGAUUUUCCUACAGUUUAUCUACGAGCAUGCGUUCUGAGAGCAGCACUUCAUAAAGCCACUGGGCUGCGCUGAUUUCUCCUGCUUUAAAAGCCCUUGUCGUUCUUUGUCACCACCACCACCUCCUCCUCCUCCUCCUCCUCCAGUCCCCAGUGCCUCCUCUUCCUGCUCCUAGGAGCACCUCCUCACCCAAGUGAGUUUUGGUUCUACAGUACCAAAAGCCCACCACCACACCACUCCCUGCCAACACCGCCUCCUCUUCCAAGAACCAAAUCUGAAUGGUCCCACCACCACCUGUGAAUUGAUUAGUCCAGCCAAACCUCCUCCUCCUCCUCCUCCUCCUCCUCUUCCUCCUCCUCCUCUUCCUCAUCUUCCAUCUUUGACUUCUCCAGUGCCAGUGCCCCAGUUAGCUGCAGGUUCAGCCCCCGGGGCAUGGGGGUGAAGAUGGGACAUGUCUGAGGAGGGGGCGCCCUCCCCCCUCCCCUCCCCCUCUGUGGACAUUGACGAGCGGAGAAAUCAAAACAACACGAAGACAUGCAAAUACCAUGCAGGCACGCAUGCAUGCACCUGCACACACACACAUGCUUGGACGCACGUUUCCACCUUCCUGACCUCACUCCACAUUCCUCAGCAGGAAAGAGAGGGAGAGAUAGAGAGAAAAGAGGAGGAAGGAAAAGAAAGUGAGAGAAAAAGAGAGACAAAACUAACCUCACAGCCAUCACCACAGAGGCGGAUCGAGAAUGAGACACUCACUAGCACAGUGCUGUGAAACUGUGAAUUCACUUCAGUUGACCACACAGACAUGCACACGUG